AUCAAAGUGUAGGUGGGUCAAAACACUGUUGUAUUCACUGGUGUGUUGUUUUCAAACAGAAGUAGCAGCAGCAACAGUAACUGCUUAAAACGAAAAAAACCAGUUGACAGCAAUUCGGUGAAUAAAAUUGUUUCUUAUUUUAUAAGCAGUUCGCUCCAAUCGGAACAACAACAACGCAAUUGAACAAGUAGUUAAAAAGAGAUAAAUUUGAGCGAGCAAAAAAAAAUUUUUUCAUAAUACGUACCAAAGUGUUCACGUUUAAUAAUAAAAUAAUUAAGAUAAAUUUAUUCGAAAGAAACGUGGCGAAACAAUUUUCAUGGAGAUUCAUUUGUCGAUGGCAAAGUGCUAAAAAUAUAUCGAGAGUGAGAUUAAUCGAAUCUAACUGAAAAAUUGUUAUAAUUGAACCUAAAUUGAGAGAACACAAAUUGACGUUGAUGUGAUUUUCGUGUGGUAAAUUAUGUGAUUAAAUUAGCAUCGAAAAGAAACGAGAAACUUAAUGGAAAUUGUUCUUAUCAAUGGCAUUCGAUUUGAAAAGAAAAAAUGUCCUUAUCCAUGGAAUUUGGAUAUGGUUUCCUUGAAUUUAGCGUAAAUGUGUAGAGUGUAAAGAACUAUUGUACAUCGACAGAAAAUGAUACAUUUACUGUAACGCGAACAAAUCCGAGUAAAACAAUUUGAUUUCUUUUUUUAUUUGUUUCAAAAGAAGACGGUUGAUCUGUAAUAAGAAUAUGAAAUAUACAAACUCAACAACAAAAGAAUUCAGCUUGAAUCCAGAUCGACACACAAACAAGGAGAACCAAAGAAAAAGUGUGUAUUUUCGCUUAGUUCUCGGUCGGUAUGUGCGUGAAACAAUUACUCUUUACGGAACAGAUAAAAAAGGAAAAAACAUCGGCGACGAUAUACAUAUACAAUAGAAGCAAGAAACAAAAAGAAAACGAAGAGAAAAAAAACGUAUUUUAGAAUAUUUAAAAAAUUGAAAAGAAGUUGAAAAUACAAUUAAAUAAUCAAAAAAGUAUUGCUAUACGAACGAAAACAAAAAUUAUACGCGAAUAUUCAUCCCCACUCAUCGUCAUCAAUAUUACCGCAGUCCUGUUCGUCGUUGUGAACCUUAACAAAGAAUAGCAGCAACACACAGUCAGCAACAACAAAAAAGAAAGGAAAAAAAUACACACUCGUUAAUAUCAUUUAAAAUAUGCAAAAGUAGUAAGCAAGUUAAAAAAAAAAGGAAAACAAAAAAGAAAAUAUUAUUACAAUUUUGAAAUGAAAUUAAAGUGUGCAACGAGAAUGUAGCAUUCUGGAUAAUGUUGAGCUCAUGCUAUUUAUAUAUGUCUGCCGGUACACAGUUGCAGAUGGCACCGCAAACAACAGUAGUUCAAGGCGGUCAACAGACAACAGUUCAUAACCAGGACUCAAAUAUGAGCACUGGAUCCUCUCACAGUGAUAAAGAGGUUGAGUCUGCUGGUACGCCUGAUAAAAUUUCCCGAUCAACAUCCGAAAGAAAACGUAAACGAAAAGCGUUAGAUGAUAAUAGUGGUGAACGGUGUGGUAGUGAUCGUAGUUGCAGUAAUAAUGGCGGUACCGGUUUAAAUGCUGGCGGUUUAGGAACAAAUAAUACAAUUCAACAGCACAUCCACAAUAGCAAAGGUGCGAGAGUGGUGUUGCCGUUGCCACCAGAAAAUAAGAAAAUCAAUGACUAUUUUAAGCACACUGGCAACAGUCCGAUUCGGCAACAAGCGACCGGCGGUGCAAAAAGUCCAAAUUCACAGCAUGGUUUUCCAAUGUAUGCGCCGACCACACAAUCACUUCAAGGUGUCAUUGGGCCACCAGGUGUCGUUGGUACACAGGAUUUCUUCAAAAAUCGCAACACUUCCAAUAUCAUUUCAUCAGCCCAAUCUAUGCAACAACAAUUGGUCCAAUGCCAACUGCCACCACCACCACCACAACCACCACAAUUACAACAAACAGCAAAAGUGUCACAGUCCACCCAAACCGAUCUAUCGCUACAAGAUAUGGUCGAGCAUAAUUGUAAUUUGGAAGAAAGUAAAACCAAAGUGGAAGAAUUGACACGAUUGUCCGAAGAACAAAAAUGUCAGCUCAAUACGCACCAGAAACAAAUCGAUCAGCAUAAAAAUCAUAUUAACAAGUGCAUAGACGUAGUCAAAAAAUUACUCAUGGAAAAGAGUAAUAUUGAAAAGAAGGAGGCACGGCAAAAGUGCAUGCAAAAUAGAUUAAGAUUAGGACAAUUUGUAACGCAACGUGUUGGCGCAACGUUCCAAGAAAAUUGGACUGAUGGUUAUGCGUUCCAGGAAUUAGCACGACGGCAAGAGGAAAUUGCAGCCGAACGCGAAGAAAUUGAUCGCCAAAAGAAAAUCCUAGUGAAAAAACGACCAACGAAUCCAGAAACUGGUCGCAAACGUAACAAUUCCACGACCACACAACAACAACAACAGCAGCAAUCAAAUAAUCAAACCGCCAAUCAAUCGGGUUCCAGUGUGACGAACAAUUUACACAAUGGCAGCGAUGCCACAUUUUUAAAACCCGACCCAGUAUCCGGUAGCUAUACUAUGCAAGAAUACUAUGAGUGUGAUGAAAUUUUAAAGCUGAGACAGAAUACGCUUAAAAAAGAAGAUGCCGAUUUACAAUUAGAAACUGAGAAAUUAGAACGUGAACGUAAUUUACACAUUAGAGAAUUAAAGCGGAUACACAAUGAGGAUCAAUCUCGAUUCAACAAUCAUCCAGUAUUGAAUGAACGAUAUUUACUGCUGAUGCUGCUUGGUAAAGGUGGAUUCUCUGAAGUGCACAAAGCAUUUGACCUAAAGGAACAGCGAUAUGUGGCAUGUAAAGUGCAUCAACUCAAUAAAGAUUGGAAAGAAGAUAAAAAGGCGAACUACAUUAAGCACGCAUUACGAGAAUACAAUAUCCACAAAGCAUUGGACCACCCUCGUGUGGUUAAAUUGUACGAUGUGUUCGAAAUAGACGCAAACUCAUUUUGCACAGUUCUAGAAUAUUGUGAUGGUCAUGAUUUAGACUUCUAUUUGAAGCAGCACAAAAUGAUACCAGAACGCGAGGCUCGAUCGAUAAUAAUGCAGGUUGUUUCAGCGCUUAAGUACCUGAACGAAAUAAAACCACCCGUUAUUCACUACGAUCUAAAGCCGGGCAACAUUCUACUCACCGAAGGUAAUGUGUGCGGUGAAAUUAAAAUCACCGAUUUCGGUUUAUCCAAAGUUAUGGACGAAGAGAACUAUAACCCGGAUCAUGGUAUGGAUUUAACAUCACAAGGCGCUGGAACGUACUGGUACCUACCACCGGAAUGUUUUGUCGUUGGUAAAAAUCCGCCAAAAAUUUCCUCAAAAGUUGAUGUAUGGAGCGUAGGCGUUAUAUUUUAUCAGUGUUUAUAUGGAAAAAAGCCAUUUGGUCAUAAUCAAUCUCAAGCGACAAUUUUAGAGGAAAAUACAAUAUUGAAAGCGACUGAGGUGCAGUUUUCAAAUAAACCAACAGUAUCGAAUGAAGCAAAGAGUUUUAUUCGAGGCUGUUUGGCUUAUCGUAAAGAAGAUCGUAUGGAUGUAUUUGGAUUGUCAAGGCAUGAAUAUUUGCAACCGCCGGUUCCCAAACAUGGAAGACAGCAGCAAUCGACUGGUAGUGGCAGCGGUAGCAGCGGUUCAAAUGCAAACAGUGGCAAUAAUCAACAAAGUGGUAGCUCACAGCAAAAUCAACCCGCAUCAUUUUCGGCCGGACUCUUUGGUAAUAUGAAUCAAUCGAGUUCGUCUUAGCUGUUCAUCUAGCAUUCAAAUUCAUAGACUUAACAAGUUACUGCGCGAAAAAAUGAGAUCGAAGCAGAGAAGAAAUAUGAAAAUGAGAAAAAAGAUGAGUCGAGUGACAAAAAACUGGACACGAUGAAGAAAUAUGAAAAAUAAUGAAGCAAAUUUCAGAUUUUAGUGACAUAACAUAAUUUAAAUCUAAUUGAAGUAAACUAAAAGAAUGAUAAAAAAAAACAAAAAAUUAAAUAAUCAUAUUUGAAGCAUAUAAACAUGGAGAAAAAAAUAUGAUAAUAACAGCAAAAGCAAAACAAAACUGAGCAGAUAAUCGUUUUUAAUGCAGCAUUUGAGCAUUUGAUACAAAAACAUGAAGCGAGGAAGGAAUGUGAAAAAAAAUUAUCGAUGAAAAAAUAUUUUUAAAAAUUUAUUAUACUUAUUAUGCAUAAUAAAUGAGGAAAAGCAAGGGAGGAAUGAUAAGCCAAAACCAAGUGGUGUCGAUAACAAGAGCAAGUAGAUGAGUGCGAAAAUUCGUAGGUGAUUCAAAGUGAAAUUGCAUUGAAAACAGAGAAAACAACAUUGAAUAAUUGUUAGGCGCAUCAAUAAUAUAUAUCACAAAUGAGAACGACAUAAAAACAAAAGAGAGAAAAAAACCGAAAAAUGAGGAGAAAUUGCACACAUUCACUCAAAAAAGAUACAAAAAACGUACAUAUUGGUAUAGAAAACAAACUGUAUGGAUGAUAUUCCUAAUCACCAUUGAUGAUCGGAAUUAUGAAAGAUUAAAGACAAUGAAAAAAAAAAAAACAACAUUGUGAGACAAACUGUAAUUUAUACAAUAAUCUGAAAUCUUUGUUACAAAAAGUGAAAAAAGAAAUCGAAACAAAAGAAGAAAAAAACACACGAAUAACAAAAUAAAAAGCAUAAAUUAUAUGUGUAUUCAUAUCAAACAAUUUAUUCAUUUUUAUUUGUGUUCAAUUGUAAAAGACUUCCUUUUUUUCAACCUAAACAAUGCAUUUGUCAAGUCUAUUCAAGAUCUUGGUCGCUGGCCAUUUUGAUCGCACGUGCAAAAGACUAUUUAAUAUUUUUAUUGGAUCAAAAUAAUCGUUGAAUUUUUCUCUAUAUUUUUUUCUGAAAUAGAUUGAUGAUUUGUGUUUUACUUAUCGUCUGUUUCGUUUGUACAGAAAAGUCAUUCAUUGUAAAAAUGCCAAUAAUUUUAAUAGAAUUCGUUUUUUGUUCUUUUUUUCAUUGCUUCGAAUCAACUAUGUCAGUAAAUAAUAAAAACAAAGUGGAAAAAUAACACACGCAAUAGCCAAAAUGGAAAAGUCGAAAUGAAAGUUUAGAGAACAAAAUCAUUACGUAUUAUAACCAUACACAAACACAUAAGCGUUUACAUACAUACACACAAUCUCUUUUCGUUGACAUGAUAGAAAUCCAUCACAUAAUAUUAGGAUGAGAAAAUAAACACAAAUGAAAUAGGAGAAGAAAGGUGAAAACACGCCACAUACAGUAUGCCCUUGGAAGAAUACAAAACCAAUUUCUAUUGUUACACAUUUUAUUAUUGUCCCCAUAGAGUCAGAUUGAAAUCGUUCAUGGUAUCACAGAUAUUCAUUAGUUCAUUGAAAGAGAAGACGGUUUAAUCUAUUGAUUCCUAUACCACUCCACAAAAACUAAUAAUAAUUAUAUGUGUUUUCCCCGGAUAAAGCAGAGAAACAACCGAACACUGUCCACAGCAUUAAACAUAAAAAAAACGAAAUACUUAUCAUAAUCUUAACAAUAGAGAUCGCAGUAACGAAAAUUCAUUCAUACGUACAUUUAAAAUAACCACUAAAAUAGGGAAAAAUGCGAGUAUAAAGAAGAUAACCCGCAACGACAUGAAAUACCACAGACAAGUAAAAAACAGAUUCAACUUAGAACAAGUCUUAAAUGUAUAAGAGAAAACGUGAGAUAGAAUGAAAAAUUAUCUGUGAAUACUUGAAUGAUGAAAUGAAUUAAAGUUUCACUCAUUUGCGAGCUAAUUUGUAUCAAAAUAAAAACAUAAACAUUGAAAAUAAGAUUUACAAAAUGAAAAAUUACCGCAUAAUAUAUAAAUCAUCGCUGAAAGAAGAAAAACAGAAAACAUAUAGUUGUUCCCCGGAUAAAAUUUACUAACAGAGAAACAACUUACCACAUACAUCAAACACAACUUAUUACAUAGAUUCUUAAUGCAUUCUCGAUUUUCGUAGAUGAAAAAUAAAAAAAAAUCAAUUGGCUAACACACAUGCGAUUGGGUAACACACAAUCACUUUUCUUAUCUUGCGGCAUCGAUGCUGAUUUUUUUCCAAUGAUAAUGCUAUGUGGUGUCGAUAGAACCCAAUACAUAAUUGUGUGAUCACAUAUAAUGGGGUUCAAAUUAGUCUUUGAUAGUUUUUUUGGCAUUCCUUCAAUUUAGACGAUAAAUAGUCAGCAACAACAAUAAACACAGAAACGAUAUUGCUUCUCAACCAAUUUUAAUUUAUGAUGGCAUAUUGUCAUUUUAUCGGUUUAAUAUUUUUAUAAUUGCAUAUGGUCACACACUUGUUUAUGUUUCGUUCCAAAAUAUAAGAAAAUGUGAGGAUUAUAAAUGCCUGUAAGACACAAUCUAUCAUAUUGUCGAACACAUUUUCAUUAAAAUCGCAAAGAAACAAAAAAAAAAACUAAAUAAUCGAAAC